ACCCAGCACGAGUUGUGCCUGAGCUGGCGGUGAGACAAUGGAGCUGCUCCGGGGUCCUGCGGCAGCCUGGUUGGCCCUGGCGGUGGCCUUGGUGUGCCCGGGCGAGGCCGCCCCGCCACAGGACUGCACAGGCAUCGAGUGCCCGCCCCUAGAGAACUGCAUCGAGGAGGCGCUGGAGCCCGGGGCCUGCUGCGCUACCUGCGUGCAGCAGGGUUGUGCUUGCGAGGGCUACCAGUACUACGAUUGCUUGCAGGGCGGCUUCCUGCGGGGCCGGGUGCCCGCCGGCCAGUCCUACUUCGUGGACUUCGGCAGCACCGAGUGCUCCUGCCCGCCUGGUGGUGGCAAGAUCAGCUGUCAGUUCAUGCUGUGCCCAGAGUUGCCUCCUAACUGCAUUGAGACAGUGGUAGCCUCGGACAGCUGUCCGCAGUGUGGCCAGGUGGGCUGUGUCCACAUGGACCACAAGUACGCCGCGGGCCACACUGUCCACCUGCCACCCUGCCGGGCCUGCCACUGCCCUGACUCAGGGGGUGAGCUAAUCUGCUAUCAGUUGCCCGGGUGCGACAGUGAUGCCGAGGGCUUGCCAGGUGCUGCUGCCGCCAGCACCGGGAACUUCUCAGACACCGAGGUGGGUGACCCGGGGCGCCACUACGAAGACCCUUACAGCUAUGACCAGGAGGUGGCCGAGGUGGAGGUGGCGGCAGUGGCCCUGGCAGGCGAGCUCCAGGCAGGAGCAGGGGGCCCGGCCGCUCUGGGAGGUGGGAGUCAGCCUCUGUCCACCAUCCAGGCCACACCCUGGCCAGCUGCCCUCCCCAGGCCCACAGCGGCCACUGCCCUAGGACCCCCAGCCCCCGCUCAAGCCAAAGCCAGCAGAAUGAUGGAGGAACGCAAGGAGGAAGAGGAAGAGCAGGAGGAGGAGACGCGAGAGGAAAGAGCAGUCACGGAGCAGCUGGCCGGGCUGCCCACCGCAGGCCCACUGGGGCCAGGUCUGCCAGUUCAGGAGGUGGGGGCAGAAGCCAGGGCAGGGCCUGAAGAGAACCUCCUCCCCGACGCGCUGCCCCGCCCUCCUCGUGAGGGGCAGCAGGAGGGAGCCAGGCCAGCACCGACAUCCAGUGUAACAGGCCCUGCCCCCACGCCGAGUGCUCCUGGGGGUCCAGCGAAGCCCAGUGUCCACAGCAUCCUGACCACAUCGCUGCAGGAGGUAGCCCAGGACCUCCCAACCCAAGAGGUGCCCAAGCAGCCAAAGAUUCUGACCCGUCCCCGGGCAGACGAGGACACAGACCCCAACUCUGUCCAUUCUGUCCCUAGAGCUGGCCCUGAAGUCUCCACCAAGGACCUGAUUGAGACUUGCUGCGCAGCUGGGCAGCAGUGGGCCGUCGAUAAUGAUGAAUGCCUGGACAUCCCAGAGACUGGUAUGGAGGGUGACGUCUGCAGGACAGCUCAGAAGCACUGCUGUUCCUCCUACUUGAAGGAGAAGACCUGCAUGGCUGGUGUCCUGGGGGCCAAGGAGGGUGAGGCCUGUGCGGCCGAGGACAGCGAUACCUGUGGCGUCUCCCUGUAUCAGCAAUGCUGUGACUGCUGUGCCAUGGGACUUCGAGUACAGGCUGAGGGCCACUCGUGUGAGUCCAACCCCAACCUGGGCUACCCCUGCAACCACGUGAUGCUCUCCUGCUGCGAGGGCGAAGACUCCCUCAUCGUGCCAGAGGUCCACAGGCCUCCGGAGCCCGCGGCCAUCCCGCGGAGAGUUUCAGAGGCAGAGGUUGGCAGCCGAGAGGCCCUAUCCCUGGGCACGGAGGCUGAGCUGGCCAACAGCCUGCCUGGCGACGACCAGGACGAGUGUCUGCUCCUGCCGGGGGAGCUGUGCCAGCACCUGUGCAUCAACACGGUGGGCUCUUACCGCUGCGCCUGCUUCCCUGGCUUCUUGCUGCAGGACGAUGGCCGCACCUGCCGUCCAGAACACAACCCCCCCAAAGUGGAGUCUGCGGUACAGUCUGCACCAAGGGCACCAUCAUCCCCAGUGGUCCCCAACACAAUCCCACUACCCCUGCCUCAACCCAACACCUGCAAAGACAACGGGCCCUGCAAGCAGGUGUGUAACUUCAUCGGGGACACAGCAAUGUGUUCCUGCUUCCCUGGCUACGCCAUCAUGGCCGACGGCGUGUCCUGUGAAGACCAAGACGAGUGCCUGCUAGGUGCUCACGGUUGUAACCGGUGGCAGUUUUGUGUGAACACCCUGGGAUCCUUCUACUGUGUCAACCACACAGUGCUCUGUGCCGAGGGCUUUAUCCUCAAUGCGCACAGGAAGUGCGUGGACAUCAACGAGUGCGUGACUGCCCUGCACACGUGCAGCAGGGGCGAGCACUGCGUCAACACCCUCGGCUCCUUCCGCUGCUACAAGGCCCUCACCUGCGAGCCGGGCUACGCCCUCGUGGACGGCGAGUGUACGGAUGUGGAUGAGUGUGCCCUGGGCACGCACAACUGCCAGGCGGGCUUCACGUGCCAGAACACCAAGGGCCACUUCUACUGCCAGACUCGAGAGCGCUGCAUGCAGGGCUUCCUGCAGGACCCCGAGGGCAACUGUGUGGACAUCAACGAGUGCACGUCACUGCCUGAGCCCUGCCAGCCGGGCUUCAGCUGCAUUAACACAGUGGGCUCCUACAUCUGCCAGAGGAAUCCCCUGCUCUGUGGGCGCGGCUACCACGCCAGCGAGGAUGGUGCCAAGUGUGUGGAUGUGAACGAAUGUGAGGCAGGCGUGCACCAGUGCAGCGAGACCCAAGUGUGCUACAACCUGCCCGGCUCCUACCGCUGCAACUGCAAAGCAGGCUUCCAGCGGGAUGCCUUCGGCCGGGCCUGCGUGGACGUGAACGAGUGCUGGGCCUCCCCGGGCCGCGUGUGCCAGCACACCUGUGAGAACACGCUCGGCUCCUACCGCUGCUCCUGCGCUUCCGGCUUCCUGCUGGCCGCCGACGGCAAGCACUGUGAAGAUGUGAACGAGUGUGAGUCGCAGCGGUGCAGCCAGGAAUGCGCCAACAUCUAUGGCUCCUACCAGUGCUACUGCCGCCAGGGCUACCAGCUGGCAGAGGACGGGCACACCUGCACAGAUAUCGAUGAGUGUGCACAGGGCGCCAGCAUCCUCUGCACGUUCCGCUGCGUCAACGUGCCAGGGAGCUACCAGUGUGCAUGCCCAGAGCAGGGCUAUGCCAUGAGGGCCAACGGGAGGUCCUGCAAAGACCUGGACGAGUGUGCACUGGGCACCCACAACUGCUCUGCAGCUGAGACCUGCUACAAUCUCCCGGGCAGCUUCCGCUGCCUGCGCUUUGACUGCCCGCCCAACUAUGUCCGGGUUUCAGAAAUGAAGUGUGAGCGUACCACCUGCCACGACCUGGCCGAGUGCCAGAACUCCCCGGCACGCAUCACAUUCUACCAGCUCAACUUCCAGACUGGCCUGCUGGUGCCUGCACACAUCUUCCGAAUCAGCCCGGCUCCCAUCUUCGCGGGGGACACCAUCUCCCUGACCAUCACCAAGGGCAACGAGGAGGGCUACUUUGGCACUCGCCGGCUCAACGCCUACACGGGCCUGGUCUACUUGCAGCGCUCCGUGCCCCGGCCCCGGGACUUCGCCCUGGAGGUGGAGAUGAAACUGUGGCGCCAGGGCUCCGUCACCACCUUCCUGGCCAGGAUGCACGUGUUCUUCACCACCUUUGCCGUGUGAGGCCUCCGGCCUUGCGGGUGGGGCCCCUGUGUGCGGCUCCCCUGGGAAGCACUGGGAAAGCUUUCCAUUUCCAAACCGCCUU